AGACAAAAAGUAAUUGGUAGGUACAAUACAUUCAUUUAAUUUUUUCUUGUAGUUUUAAAAAUAGAAAUUAUACCCAGGUUUAGCUUUGCUGAGUUAGUCAGGUCUUUACAAAGUACCAUAUAAAACAAAAUGGACACAAUGAAACGCCCUAUAUAAAAUUUAUGCGAUUGUAAAAAUCUUAUUGUCUAUGAAAAUGAAUUCUAUCAAAGUAAAAUGGAGAAAUUAUUGAUACAAAAUAAGGUUAUUUCAGGAUAGAGCUUCAACAUCUGGACAAUUACAACUUCUAGAAGUUGAGGACGAUUUGAAUUUGCAACAUAAUAAUAUGGCAAGUUCUACUCCUGCUAUUGAGAAUUAUACCGAAGAAAGCAAUAAUUUUAUUGAUGUAGAUAAUGUAGACAAUAUUUAUAAUAGUUCAGUAGACAAUUAUAUGGUAGAAGCAGUUUUACGUGGUGUACAAUCUCUGAGUGAAAAUAAAGUUGAUUUUGAUAAUUCUCAACUCCGACAUGAAGAAAAUUCAAAUAGCGGAGCAAACCUUUUUGAGAAUUCAAAUAGUGGAACAGACCUUUGUGACAAUUCAAAUAACGGAACAGACCUUUGUGACAUUUCAAAUUAUGUAAACAAACAACUCAAACAAGUAGUAGUUUCUAAUGUUAGUGAAAAUAUGGACGCUAGUGAUACUUUUAAUUCCGAACUUGGUCAACUUACAGUUUCUAAAAAUGUGAAGAAAAAUGAAAAAGUAGACUCUGACUCAAAAAUAAACCUCGAAGGACGCAGAAUACUUGAUAUUCAAUAUUUUUUAGAUUCCCUGAUUUUAAUAUCAAACCAUGCGCCUCACUUUGGAUGUUCUCUUCAAAAUUUAAAGGUAACAAAAGAAACAAGAUUUGGAUUAGCAUCUAAAAUAACAUUUAAAUGUAAUAUGUGUCUUUCUACUGAGACUGUGACAACAGUUGAAGAUUUCGAAGAAAUCAAUAAAAGUGCUGUCUUUGGCAUUACUAACGUUGGGUCAGGAUAUGCACAUUCAAAUGAAUUCAAUUCUUCUUUAAAUAUACCAACAUUAUCCUCUAAAACAUAUAACAAGAUACAGGAUAACUUAUCGGACCUUUGGGAAGAAGCGGCCCUAGAAGAAAUGGCAAAAGCUGCCAACGAAGAAAAAAGAUUAGCAAUAGAAUGCGGCGAACUAAGUAAAGACGGUAUCCCUUUAGUUACAGUCGUUUGUGAUGGUGUUUGGGCUAAAAGGUCAUACAGAAUGAACUAUAAUUCAUUUAGUGGGGCUGCUGUAAUUGUGGGUUUCAAAACAAAAAAAGUACUAUUUUUAACAGUGAGAAAUAAAUUUUGCAUCAUCUGCAAAAAAUAUUCCACUGAUACACCACAACAUAAUUGUUACAAAAAUUGGAACGGUUCCUCAAGUGCUAUGGAAGCUAACAUUAUUACUGAAGGAUUUAUUAAGAGUAUUGAAAUGUAUGGAUUAAUUUUUAAUAAAAUGGUUGCCGAUGGAGAUAGCAGCUGCUAUGAUGCUAUAUUGCAAAAGGAUCCAUAUAAAAAUUUUGAUAUUUCUGUUCAGAAGGUGGAGUGCCGAAAUCACUUGCUGAGAAAUUAUCUCAGAAAAAUAAGAGGCCUGACUCAACAAAAGGAUUCUGGGCCUUUGCAACUCCGAAAAGAAGUGAAGUAUGAAAUUAUAAAUCAACAGUAUGAAAUUAUAAAUAAAUCAAUUACCUACGUUACACGUCCAUGAAGUGAUAAUUAAAGUAGGUACUCGUUUAGAUGUUCUUGACUCGGCUCCUUGAUCGCAUAUAAGAUCUACUCGUAUCAGUUCGCAUAUAAGAUCAAUUAAUGAAAACCACAAUUGGUAUUAUCAAAUUCAAGGUCAAUUGCAUGUUACAAAAAUGGAUUUUUGCUACCUUUGCGUUUGGACUCCAAAAGGAAUAAAAAUAGAAAAGAAUCCAAGAAACCAGGUAUUCUGGACCCAAAAAAUGGAAGAAAAAAUAAAAAUAUUUUAUUUGGAGUAUGUUUUGCCUGAAAUUGUUGACAGCAGGGUUAACAGGGGAAUGGCAAUUAGAGAUAAAGAUAAUAUUAAAUAAAGUGUUAUUUUUACUGAA